AUGUCCAAUCAGUCUCCAUACGACUCGGGGCAGUAUCUAUUCCAAAAAGGAGGUAAACCAUUACCUGAUCCAAACGUCGAUCCCGAAGAAUGGCGUCGAAGUCAUGCUCAACAUCCAGGUCUAUUUGCCAGUUCUAAUUUGACUGAAAGAUCGCCCCCAGCUUAUAAAUAUCCGUAUACUCAUUUCAAUCCAUUUUCGCCAAACACAUUCCCAAGAUAUGGUUGGUAUCCUACCGAAGCGAUGUUUCAAGUCUAUGGUAAUCCUUUUCCCAAUCAAUAUCUACCCAUUGCAAAUCCUCAAAUAGAUAUGAUCCGAGGUAAUUUGGGUUCACCUCAAACCUCAAAUGCGAAACCCGAACCUGAACAGAAAGUCACAUCGACGUUUCAGAAUGCUUGUGAUGGAUUUCCAGUCGUGGAAAGUACACCAAAGCUUUCGAUCUCUUCUCAGCCUGGUCAUCUACCUUUUGGAGAUACUUCAGACUUGCUUUGGACUUCACCUAGAACAGGUAAAACAUACCAAUUGCCUUCAUUACCAAGUAGGUAUCCCGGACCGCAUCAUUACGUAUGUUGGUCUUGUCAGAAUAGGAAGAUGACAUUUGAUGGAUAUUCAUGGUGUGCGAAAUGUAAAGAUAUGACUGGAACUGUCAUGAUGCCCGGAACCUAA